AUGUUUCUCUUUUGGCUAUGUUGUAUUUUACCUGUGACAAUAGUCUCUAGGCUAAGCGGUAGUCCAUAUCUAUUUGCUAAUGAAUCCGUAGGUUCUCCUGUUGUCUCUACGACAUCGGGUAAAUUUGCUGGUUUUACUAUUCGACAGACAAAUGUUUGGGUUGGAAUUCCUUUUGCUGCUCCACCUGUUGGGGCUUUCAGAUGGCAAAAGGCUCAACCAUAUGUUAUGCCUGAUAGUCAAAAUGACAUAAUACGAAAUGCAACUUAUUACAGUGCAUAUUGCCCGCAAUUUGACCGAGGAGAUCCUAGUCAAGGCCCAUUUGAUGAGGAUUGCUUAUAUUUAAAUGUCUGGGCACCUCGCACACCAUCAUCUAACCCAAACGGUUAUCCUGUAAUGGUAUGGAUUCAUGGUGGAGGACUUAAAGAUGGAAGCGCAACGCAAGUACUCUGGGAUGGACUUCAUUGGACAAAUGCCGCUAUACAAGAAAAUAACUCAUUUAUUAUGGUUAGUAUGAACUAUCGACUGAGUGUGAUGGGAUUUUUUGCUCAGUCAAGUUUAUUAGAUAAGAAUGGACAGACUAUUGCAAAUCAAGGUAUUACUGAUCAACGUAUGGCAAUGAAAUGGGUUCAAAAUAAUAUUAAACAAUUUGGGGGUGAUCAAAAUUAUAUUACUCUUAUGGGUGAAUCGGCCGGAUCUCAAUCAGUUUGUAUACAUUUGAUAUCACCAUUGUCGGCUGGAUUAUUUCAUGCUAGUAUAAUGCAAAGCGGAUCGUGCGAUGCUGUAAAUUUUUUGCGUGAUAAAUCAUUUGCCUAUUCAACAGCAAAUAAUCUUGCAUUAUUUUUUGGUUGUGAUAUGACUAACCCAAGUCAACAACUAGAUUGUUUACGAGCUGUUAGCAGUACUCGACUGAUAGCUGCCAUAGGCAAUGUAUCUAUUCCACUAUCGACAUCAUCAGCAUACAAAGAUCUAGAGAAGAUUGUUGUACCUGUUCCAUUUGGUUUAAUCGUUGAUGGAGUAGAAAUCCCUGUUCAUCCACUUCAAGCUUUUUUGACGGGAAAAAUCAAUCAGGUACCUACAUUAACAGGAGCAAAUCGUGAUGAAAUUCUUUUACGUGCUCUGUAUGAAGAUUAUGCAUAUCCACCGACCAGUGCUGAAGAUUAUUUAACUCGCAUUCUACCCAUUGCAGCGUUUAAUAAUCGUGAUAUUCAGGCAUUAUAUGCUCCAGAUAAAUUCAAUGGUAAUUAUUCGCGAGCAUUUGUAGCCUUAUUCUCAGAAGGUAUGUUUGUUUGUGGUGCUCGUCGAACAGCUGGAUAUAUAACUGGACAUCCGAAAUAUUUAUACACAUUCGAUCAUGCGCCAGAGUCUGUUUUUUUGACACACCCAUCCUUAGUCAUGUGGCCUGGUGCAUUUCAUGGAGCCGAAGUAUUUAGUUUGUUUCAAACAGUAAGUGCUACAUUUUAUGGAGAUAUAAUUUUCAAUCCCGAUGAAAUACCUUUGGCAACAUCUCUUCGUCGAUAUUGGACAAAUAUGAUUACAAAACAUCAGCCUAAUGAUGAUGUCAGUUUAACAUGGCCUGAAUAUUCGUCCACUACAGAUCGGGUUUUAGUGCUUAAUAAAAACACGACUAUUACAUCCUUUAUUGAUGUUUAUCCAAACUGCGAUCUUAUAUCAGAUGUACAAGUCAAAGUUUACGGCGAAUAUCUUGGCUUGAAUGUUACAUGUACAACAGGAAAUAAAUGCUUUAUUAUUGAUUCCACUACACCAACAUCUACUAGCAAUAAUCUAUAUUGCUGUCAACUGAACUUAUUCUUUUUACUUUUUUCAUGCAUUAUACUUUUAUUUUAA